AUGAACUGCGCGUACUAUCAACAGCACGGGGGCUCGCACCCCGCGCCGCACAAUGUCAAUAACACUUACUUCAACGAGGUUAGUAUCGACCCCGUGUCCGCGGAUCACAAGGACAUGAAGAUUUUACAUAAGCACAUACUCGAUUUUGAAAGAAAAGACGAUCGGGUCUCCACAGACUACGCAACAAUUCGAAACAAAAAAAAAGAAUAUGCAAAUCGCAGAGCCGAAAUAAAAUGGAGUCCCAGUGCGCGCGUGCGAUCGAUACGCGCGACCUUGUGGGCGGGGCGCGAGUGGGCGGGGCCCAAUAAGAGGCUGGGAUUGGCUGGGGCCUCCCACUCCCCCCACCUCACACCCCCGCAGCCCGAAGCAGGUUUCGCUGUGUAA